AUGCCACGACUUGCACCGAACGAAGCUUGCCUCGGUCAAUUUGAUUUUGUUAUCAUUGGCGGAGGCACUGCUGGCUGUGUUUUGGCAAAUCGUCUCUCAGCAAAUGGGAAGCACACAGUGCUAGUUCUCGAAUCAGGUGCCAAUACCCAAGAAGAAUUGCUCAAUAUCAGAGUACCCCUUUUCAACAGCAAGCUCAAGAACACCACUGUCGACUGGCAAUUGAAAUCCACCGCACAACAGCAUGUAGAUGGACGCAUUAUUGGCGUGCCGCAAGGAAAGGUGCUGGGAGGUUCCAGUGCCAUCAAUGCUUGUUUGUCGCAUCGAUGCUCACCUUCUGAUUACGAUGCAUGGAAUAUGCCCGGUUGGGAAUACGAGCAAUUGAAGCAUUACUUUUGUAAAGCAGAAACAUUCCAGGACAAUGCAGCACCCACUGCGAAUAAGUUACACGGUCAAUCAGGUCCACUAAAUGUCAUGCAGCAAAGCGACGAUUCCUUGUUGGGAAAGCAUUUUACAAGAGCUUGUCAAAACCAGGGCAUUCCUCAAUAUCACGAUAUGACAGACGUGCCAUGUCAAAUAGGCGUAACUGGUAUUCAAUCUUCUGUACAUCAAGGCGAGCGAACAUCUACUGGAUCUGCUUAUUUACCUCCCGAUAUACAGCAGAAUAGAUCUAAUUUGUCCAUUGCUUUGAAUUGCACUGUCAAGCGUAUUGUUAUCGAUAAAGACACCAACAACGUAACGCAUGUUGAAUACACAGGCAACACAGAUGGCAAGCGCUAUCUAGUUAGUGUAGGUAAAGAGGCAAUUCUGUCCGCAGGUGCUAUCUUAUCGCCUUUGCUGCUGCUAUCCAGUGGUAUUGGUCCCCAGGCAGAAUUAGAAGCAUUGGGUAUCGCAACAAUCGCGGAUUUGCCAGGUGUAGGCAAGAACCUUCAGAAUCAUUGGCGCGUACCACUUGUCCACGAAACAACUCGACCUGAAAUGUCGCUUCAUCAGAGCAUAUUCGAAAAGGAAAAUGAAUCAUUGCAGCGUAUCACUGACUCCAAGGAACCAAGUGCCUUGUCAAGAGCAUGGCCUGAUGCUGUCGCCUAUAUAAAAGUGCCUAAUGCUCCUGACAACAGCAGUAGUCUUAUCAAUACCCCACAAAUCGAAUUGUUCACUGGUGGUUUGGCUUUAUGCAGAGAGCUUUCCAAGCUCAAAGAUGUUGCUUGUGCAAGUUUAUUAAUGGUGUACAUUGCCCCCUUUUCCAAAGGAUCUGUUACGUUGAAUUCAGACAAAACCCCACGCAUUGAUCUUGCUUUGUUGCAGGAUGACAGAGAUUUGGAGUGCAUUGAAAAAGGUUUGGAACUGUCCAUCAAGAUUGCGGACGAUAAAGAGUACAAGGAGAAUUGCAUCAAACACUGGAUUUUGCAUCCAUAUCAAGCUGAGAAAAAGCAGGAUAUCAGGCAGUAUAUCAAGGAUCAUGUUGAUACGUUGCAUCAUUAUGCUGGUACUUGCAAGAUGGGAACUGCUACUGAUAGAGACGCUGUCGUUGAUGGAAACCUCAAAGUACAUGGCAUUCGGGGCCUUCGUGUUGUAGAUGCCUCCAUUUUUCCAAUCGUGCCAGCCGGCCAAAUUUGUUUUCCUGUCAUAGCUUGUGCUGAGAGAGCAUCUGAUUUGAUCUUGAGUGAUUUUGCAUAA